UAUAAAAAAGAGAAAAAAGAGGGUAAAACCGGAGAAUAACAAGAUGGAAGAAUGCAAAAAAACCGUCACAAUACCAUAUAAAAAUGGUACAUCAGAGACAAUUCAAAGGAAUCUCAAAAAUAUCGGCAUUCGCACAACUUUUAAACCGACAAAUCUAAUCAAAAAUAAAAUAAAUCAACUGAAAGAUCCCAUAAAAAUGAUGGAUAAAAACAACUUGAUUUACAAAAUAUCUUGUGCUGACUGUCCGACUAAAUAUGUGGGGCAAACGUCCAGAUCACUCAAAAUAAGAGUGAAUGAACAUAAACGCCUAACCAAAGGUCAACCAACAGGAACACAAGCCUACAAGAAUCUUGAAAAAAAUUCAUCGAUAGCUGCACAUGCAUGGGACAAAAAAACCACAAUAUCGAUUGGAACAAUGUGUGUAUUCUAAAAACUAACAUGAACAAAUGG